AUGAUCGACGACUCUACGAAAAAGACGUUAAGUAAUAUACCGCUUCUGAAGACGAAAGCCGGGCCACGGGAUCAAGAACUUUGGCUCCAACGACUGAAGGAAGAGUACCAGGCGUUGAUCAAAUACAUCGAAAACAACAAAGCGUCCGAUACUGAUUGGUUUCGGUUGGAGAGCAAUAAAGAUGGCACGCGAUGGUUUGGCAAAUGCUGGUAUUAUCAUGAGCUGCUUAAGUACGAAUUUGACGUCGAGUUCGAGAUCCCUGUGAUGUAUCCAGUCAUAGCUCCGGAGAUAGCGAUCCCUGAGCUCGACGGGAAAACUGCGAAGAUGUACAGGGGAGGAAAAAUUUGUCUAUCCGAUCAUUUCAAACCUCUGUGGGCGAGGAACGUACCGAAAUUCGGCAUUGCGCACGCCUUUGCUUUAGGCCUUGGUCCAUGGCUAGCGGUCGAAAUUCCGGACCUUGUUGCAAAGAAUCUGAUUUCCGUCAAGGACAGCAACAAAGAAUGA